UCCCCGGAGCUCCGGGAGCGGCCAGCGCCUCCUCUGCCAUUCCCCUGUCCGCGCCGGGCCGCCCGUGCCCGCUCGUUGUUUGGAUUCCAGAUGGGGAAACAUGAAAGUCAUCACCUGUGAAAUCGUGUGGCACAAUAAGGAGCCGGUUUACAGCUUGGACUUCCAGGCCUCGGCAGGGGUGGACACAGCCGUGAGGAUCUGGAAAGUGGAGAAAGGCCCGGAUGGAAAAGCCAUCGUGGAAUUCCUGUCCAACCUGGCGCGCCACACCAAGGCCGUGAACGUCGUGCGCUUCUCUCCCAGCGGGGAGAUCCUGGCCUCAGGAGGGGAUGACGCCGUCAUUUUGCUGUGGAAGCUGAAUGACAGCAAAGAGUUGGAGCCGUUGGUUUUUCAGGAUGAAGAUGAAGCUCAGCUCAACAAGGAGAACUGGGCAGUCGUGAAAACUUUGAGAGGCCACUUGGAAGAUGUGUAUGACAUUUGUUGGACCUCAGAUGGAAAUUACAUGGCAUCUGCUUCUGUGGAUAACACAGCAAUCAUGUGGGAUGUCAAUAAAGGACAGAAAGUUUCAAUAUUUAAUGAGCACAAGAGUUAUGUCCAAGGAGUAACCUGGGAUCCUCUAGGCCAGUAUAUUGCAACCCUGAGUUGUGACAGGGUCCUGCGGGUUUACAGCACCCAAACCAAGCGAGUGGCCUUCAAUGUCACCAAGAUGCCAUCGGGGUCAGGAGCUGAAGGAGAGGCGCGGAGCUUUCGGAUGUUUCACGAUGACAGCAUGAAGUCGUUUUUCCGCAGGCUCAGCUUCACUCCUGAUGGCUCCUACCUGCUCACUCCAGCUGGCUGCGUGGAAUCGGGAGAGAACGUUACAAACACCACCUAUGUUUUCUCCAGAAACAAUCUUAAAAGGCCCGUGGGUCACCUGCCCUGUCCUGGCAAGGGAACUCUGGCUGUUCGCUGCUGUCCUGUGUACUUUGAGCUGAGAGGAGCCUCUGCUAAAGAUGAAACCAAUCCCAAAUCGCCCCCUGCCCUGUUUAACCUCCCCUAUCGAUUGGUGUUUGCUGUUGCUUCAGAAGAUUCUGUGCUUUUUUAUGACACUGAGCAGUCCUUCCCCUUUGGUUAUGUCUCCAACAUCCACUACCACACCCUGAGUGACAUUUCAUGGUCCAGUGACGGAUCCUUCCUGGCCAUUUCCUCCACGGACGGGUACUGCUCCUUUGUCACCUUCGAGGAGGAUGAGCUGGGAACACCCCUGAAGGAAAAGCCCCAGAUCCAUGUCAGAACUCCUGGUGCAGCAGCAGCAGACAAGAAAGCCAAGAAGAGCCACAAAGUGAUUUCCCCAGGCUCCAGGCUGGCAGAGGGGACCCCUCCCAGCAAGGAUCCCCCAGUCCAACCCCGAACCCCCAGCACUGCUGGGAAGGAGCUGCCUUCCACCCCUGUUGGCAUCAAAACCCUUCCAGUGCCAUCCCCUUCCACCCCUGUUGGCAUCAAAACCCUUCCAGUGCCAUCCUCAGAGGAGAGGAGAAGCAGCCAGGCAGCCACCCAGAGCAGCAAAGCCCCCCAGCCCAGGAGGGUCACCCUCACCACUCUGCAGUCCUGUUUCAAAACACCCAGGAGAAUAAACCUGAUUUCCUUGAAGCCAGACACCCCAGCCUCUGCAUUUCCAGACCCAGCUCCCAUCCCUCCUUCCUCAGAACAGGAACAUGAGAGUCCAUUGCCAUCUGAUGAGAGCCUCCAAGCUCCCCCAGCACCAAAACGUGCCAGGACUGAGGAAUUGCCCCUUCCUGCAUCUGCUGGAGACCAAACCAGCUGUGAGCCCAACAAAUAAAGGCUGAGCAGACCCCUCACAGCCUGAAGUCAAAGCAGCCAUGUCUGAGUACAUUUCUUCUUGCAAAAAUUCAACCCUCAAUUCCCAGUUCAAGUUCCCUGUGUGUAUUUGAUGUAGAACUGUGAAGAAACUGCCAGUAGAAGACCCAGGUUUCAGGAAUGUGGUUCUGCAGCAGGAGAAAUAGUUGGGAAGUGACUCCAAGAAUAAGAAAAUCAGGGAAAUCUGGGGAUUGAAAAUCCAUCCAGUAAGCUGUGAGUCUCCUCAAUCCAUGUUUAGAAAGCAUUAUGUCUUCCAGUAACUGUCUGGCAAAAAGAAUCAAAUUUUUUCAUAAGAUCUGACAUGCUUCAAGACCUAAAAAAAGAGGAAAUUGUGUCAUUCCAACAUUUUGUUUUAUUUCUUGUGUAAAACAGUGUUCACCAGUAGCUGAUUCACUGUGAGGCAGCAGCAAAGCUCAGGACUGGGAUGUGGAAGCAGAAAAGGGAAGAUUUAACUGCAAGAAACAAGAAAGCAAAAGGAAGAAAUCCUCUGAAGAGCUGCUGUAAGAAUGAAACAGCAGAAAGUUCUCACUUGUUUAAUUUCUAGACUUAAAUGCAGGUGUUAGAUUUUCCUGAGGCAGCAGGAUUUGAGUGUGUACAUUGAAAUUUCCCCUUUUUCCCCAACUUAACUCCCUUAGCCAAUAAAACACAAUCCAGUGGAUGGGAAAUUUCUACACCUAAAAUUUCUUUUUAGCAUUUAGUACUUCAUAAAAGCAGAAAUACAAAUGUUCCAGAAGUCUCACAGGGAGGAAAUAUUAACAAACACCUCUGUCAGUCCUUCAGGCAAAUGAACUCUUGCCUUCAGUUAAAUUUCAACAAUUAAUGAGCAAAAAGUUGUUGGAAACUUGGUGGGAUCUUUGUUUUCUUACUGUGAUGAGGAUGGAUCUUCGUUAGACUUAAUUAAACCUGGGCUUUUUUCUAGUUAAGAAUUAUAAAGAGUUUAAUUACAUUUAUUUCUCUGGCUUGCUUGUAGAUCUUUUAAAAGAUGAUUUCUGUGUCCCUAUUUCUGCAUUUUUUUUUUAAUAUCAAUCAAUUUUCUCCAAAAAAAAAAGUUUAUUUUCCUUCCAGAAUUAGAUUUGCUUGAGGAAAAUUAGUCCAUGCCUUGAGAGCAUUUCUCAGUUGGGAGAUGCAAAAUGAUCCUCCUGAAAUUCCACAGGCAGCUCCAGCUUUUCCAUGGAUGGCUUCAGCAUCUUUCUGCAGAAUGGGGAAGCCCUGUGGAUCAUCAAAAACCACUUUGCCGUGGAUAAAAUCACACGUGGACACCUGAAAAUCCAAAUAUUUCUGUGAGCCUCUGAACUGAGCAGGAUUUGUUCCACAGGGAUUUAGAGGUAACUGCACCAGGAGUUUCAAAUACAAUUUGUAAUUUUUUACAUGGGUUUAAGUGGAGUUUGCAAUAUUUCAGACAGGUUUCAAAUAGAAUUUGCAAUUUUUUACAUGAGUUUCAAAUAGAAUCUGCAUUUUUUUAGAUGGGUUUCAAAUACAAUCUGCAAUUUUUCAGAUGGAUUUCAAAUAGAAUUUGCAAUUUUUCAGAUGGAUUUCAAAUACAAUCUGCAAUUUUUUAGAUGGGUUUCAAAUAGAAUCUGAAAUUUUUCAGAUGAGUUUCAAAUAGAAUCUGUAGGCUUUUAGAUGGCUUUCAGGUAGAAUUUGCAAUUUUUCAGGUGGGUUUCAAAUGGAUUUUGCAGUUUUUUAGAUGGGUUUCCACCAGAUUUUGUAACUUUUUAGCUGGGUCAGGAUUCAUGAUUGUCUUGCUCCUGAAAAGUCUUUUUGCUGUAUAAUAAUGAUUAAUUCUGAGACAGCCAGACCUUGUGCUGCUGUGCUGUUGAAGAUUUAAUUUUUAGCUCCCCAGCUGUCAAUAUUAAUUUAUCUUGUCAUUAAUUAACCACUGCCUUCUGGUCAAAAUCUGCUUUAUCCUUGCCCAUGGAUUCCAAACAGACUCUGUAUUUUGUCUGCACAUUACCUGUGUUUAUAUGAACAUUGUUAUCAAAUAAAUAACAUAAAGACCA